GGGAGCAAACAAACGGUCACACCGGCAGCGGCCGCUGUGAGACACGCGACACCGACGCCGGGGGAGCGGAUUGAAGGCGGGUGCGCAGGGUGGCAGUCGGUUGAGCUAGGAUCGGAUACUGACCGGCGAGAGGAACACUCUGUGAUCGACCAUGAGUUCAGCCGCCGGAGACUCGACUGGUGCCGAUGACCUGGGUCUGAACGAGCACCACCAGUCCCAGCUGUCGCGCUACCUGCGGUUCGCGCGGCUCCAGCGAGACAAACGGCUGCGCACCGUCGACGCUGCCUUUGAGGACUGCAUGCUCUCCAGGCUGUCGGAGGUGACGUACACGCGGGACGAGGUGGAGGAGCUGCUCACCCUGCUCAGCGGCACCGUCCACGAUGAGGUGCGCGCCGAGCUGGUGAAUGCCGACCACACGGCGCUCCUGCUGCUCCGCCAGCUGUUCGUCCAGGCGCAGCAGUGGCACCUGCGGCUCGACUCGCACGUCGAACAGCUCGAGAACAAGGAGCUGAUGGACCUGGUAAAGACCUUUGAGGAGGACGAGCUCGCCGGAAAGACGCGCGGAAAGGUCUGCCUGGCACCGCUCAACGACGACAAAGCGCUCACGGAGCUACUCAAACUCGGUGACGAGAAGAGCAAGCUCAUCGAGCGAAUCCAGAGCAUCGAGGCACAGGCGUCUACUCUGGCCUCGGAGAAGGGCGAGCUCAGCUCUGAGCUGGUCAAACUGCGCUCCGAACUGGAGUUCCUCAAGACCUCCAAAGACACCGUCUCCAAGGAGCAACUGGACCAGAUUCGCGACCAGGCGUCGUCGGUGCAGCGGGAGCUGGAGGCCAAUCUGCAGCAGUCCGAGUUCACCAAGACGCUGCUGGCCGACGAGCUGGACACGACCAAACACAAGCUGGAGGAGAUCCGCUCCCAGCUGGAGCUCGCCGAGCAGGAGCUCGACCACAAGUUCCAGCAAACUGCCGCCUACCGAAACAUGAAGAAAAUGCUAAUGGACAAAAAUGCGAAGCUCAAAGAUCUCCGCUCAAAGUUAUCAAAGUAUGAGAAAGACGAUACGGUCGAGGAAGAGUGAUUAAAUGCGACCCGAAAAAAAAUGUUUCAUACCACGGAAAACAAACGUGAGCUUCAGAAUAUGUAAAUGUGUGUAAAAAAUAUCAAUAAUUGUCAACAUCCCUAAGGCUUCUCUCGGGAGUCGGGAGAUAUUGUCCGAAUGCCAGCCAUCUGAAUGGUGAUAUAUCAAUGUGUGCGUAUAUGUGUGAUUGUCAAAGAUUUGUUGUCGGGUUCAUCGGCACAUUUGGCUGUUUCACUCUGUGCUUCGUAAGAACGCAUUACUUACAUUACAAAUACGAACUGCACAUUUUCGCACAAUAUCCCUACUCUACAAAGCUUUGUUCUAAAGAAAACAUAACCGAUGAUGUGCUUCAUUAUAAAGACAUGUGUAUUGCUUGUAAAUCGGCACAAUAAACUUUAAACACAUUUAAAAA